UUUCAAUUGCUUAAGAUGACCUUCGACAGUCAAGGGCUUGGUGAGAGCGAUUUAGGAAAGGAUGCCAAUGUUUUAAUAAUGGAGCUAAACAAAGGUUUCCAGUCAACAAAUAUUGGGAUCCAGUGCAAAACAAUUGCACAGUUUCCUUCUGUUCUUGAAAAAUAUCCAUUUCCCGUCGUCAUUAAUUCGAUACUACUAAAAAUCACACAGAUUUUCUGUAAUGGAAAUAACUAUUUACGCCUUUGUAUUUUGCGUGCAUGCACUGAGUGUCGGAUUCACUUUAAAAAACUAACUGUGUGUGAAGAUAUUAUACGCAAAUUGCUUCCUUUUACUGAAAGUAACGACCCAACUGUUCGCGCCCUAACUUUACGGUUGUUUGGAAUUCUGCACGAGAUAACUCGUGAACAUCUUGGUGUUCAUCAUGCUAUAUUGAAGCAGAUUGAAUCACAUUAUGAAGUCGAGUCAGAUGCAGCUGUAUGGGCUUGUCAUACAAUUGCGCCUAUAUCUAGUGUCUUCGCUGGAAGUCUUUGUCCCAUUCUAUGUAAAUUACUUAACAACUUGUCGACAGACAUGGAUACGAAGCUGAAAUUACUGCAUUUGGGGAAGCAUAUGCACCAUAAUUCUUCUGUCGCGGAAAAGAUACGUCGUUGCUUGAUUGAGAUGCUUGGCACCUACAACACUACGGAUUUUGUCAGCGGAAUUCUGGAUACACUUACCAUCUUAGAAACCCGUGCCCCACUGCAUGUUCACAGCCAAAUCGAUCUCCUGAUCAAAAGAUUAUCUACAGAAUUCAGACCUCAAGUUCGUCAAAGCAUCCUUUGGAAUCUCAUUACCUUAGCUGAAAAUGUGUCACAUCACUUUGAUAAAUCUCAUUUCCUUGAGUUGAGUUCCAUUUACCAUGCUGAAAACUGCAGUAAAAUGGACAAAGUAUUAAUUCUACAGAUAUUCUUCUGCCUAACGACAUCAUUUCACUCUGUGGAGUUUCUUACACUACCGUCCAAGGAAUCUGAUUAUACUCCUGUUGAUUGUAUUACAAGUGCUUUAAAAGAUACAUCAUCCCAACUGCUUAUACGUGCAAUUCAGUUAGCAUGUAAAUUAACUAUUUUAAAGGGUGAAAAAGAUCAAGGCGAGAAUGAUAAACCAAGCUGUGAAAGUUGUACAAAGUGUGAAAUAUUGUUCGAAUUUAAACCAGAACAACUGAUAAGUUUACUCUUACAUUAUUUCACUAUUUCAACGAAUAAAGAAGGAGAAGAAAAUAGAAAGACACAUUGGUACCUCUAUGAUCAUGAAAUAUCAAUCAAUGACUUGAAGUGUACAUAUAAUCUACUUGUGGAAUUCUUUAGUACAUUCCCCUCUUAUGCAUUUCAAUUGCAUAAGAUGAGCUUUCUCAAAGGUAUACGUCUUGAUGGAGCAAUUCGUACCGGUUUAUUGUGUCAAUUUUUAUGUACAAUGUAUGCUAGACUAUCACAAUAUUUAUUUCUUGACUCAUCAACUGGUGAUGGUGAUAUACAAUUUGAGCAACUUAAUUAUUCAAGUGUAUUGUCUAGAUUAAUUAGUCCUGUCCAAGAUGAUGAUCUGUCGUGUUCAUCGUCUUCUACACAAGACAGUGUAACUUCAUCUGUACUUGCUGCUGUCGGUUUAGUAUUCCAGUUGACUGGUGGUAUUCCGUUAACUCAAAAAGAACAAACACUGCUGAUGUAUACAGUGACAAAAUUCCUGGGUGAAAAAAUCGGUACUGGUUCUUUGGGUUAUCAUUUAUCACCAUGGAUUGCUUAUCAACUAGCCAGGCAAGCCAAUAGAUAUGGUCAACAUGAGUUCGCUGGUAGGCUGUAUGAGAAGUUGUCAUUUUCGACUUUAACGGAGAAAUCUUACUUUUGGAUAAGUGGUUUAUAUGAAUUCAGUCAAAUGGAAUCUAAGCUUAUCAAUUUAGCUAGAAGUCUGGAAAUAGAUGUACAAAGAACAUUAAUACAAUACAUUCCAGAAUUAUGUCCACCAUCUCAAAACACAAAGACAAUAUCUUCAUCAUCAACAACAACAAAGAAAACAAACUCAUGGAUAGGGAAAUUAAUUAUAGGCUUAAGAAAUGCUGCAGAGGAAGCUUGCAAAAUACAAACCACUAUAAUGUGUGUUGGAGGCAGUGAUGGACGGUGGUUUCAAGCAAAAUAUAUUCAAAUAAGAAGUUUAUUAUUAACCAAUUUAUCGAAUCUUUGUUCGAGUGUACAUUAUGCAUUAAAAAUUGGACGGUGGUCUGGUUCAAUUAUGAUGAAUCAGUCCUCACAAAAUGAAGCUAUCGAUGGUGUAAUGAGUACUACAACAUCACAAAAUUUAGUUUGGCUGUCAAGCUGUGUUGAGUCGUGGAAUGAUUUAUCACAAGAAAUUUCUAAGCUUCGUGCUCAAUGUUUGGAUGCUGACCUGGAAACACAUCGACAUUUAGAAGCAAUAACGCAGUUGGUUGAGUUUUUUACUGAAGUCCUUAAUCUAAUUGAUGGAUCGGGCUAUUCUUCAAGAUCAUUCUGCCUUAGAGAAUAUUUUUCUUCAGGAUCUGAGAUAAAUUCAAAUCAUACAUAUGAAUCAGAUCCAUAUGGUAAAGCUGUAUCUUUACUCAAAGUAUCUAUGAUACAAUAUUUUCCUGACGGUAAUACACCAUCUAUACGUGAAUGGAUUCCAGUUUUGAUUUUUAAACUUGUCCAAGUAGCAUCACAUUGGCCAAGAUUCUUUUUUCACCGCCUACAAACUACAACUGUACGUCUUGUUCUCUUGCCUAAAGCUGGAAGUAAUCCGGAUGAUAUACUUACCAUAAGUAGUGAUGUAUGUCAUAUGGUUCAAGUUAUGGGUGUUGUUCAACAACGUAGUCGACAAGCCUUGUUAUGUCGUAUAAAAGCUGUUGAAAUUGCUGUUAAUGUUAAUGAAAUAUGCCCAGAAACAAUACGUAAUGGUCAAUUCACCAAGCUUGGUUCAAUAUUUUCUACUCAAAAGGUUGCACAACUUAAAGGUGAUUAUUUCCAUUGUGAAUUCUGUAUUCGAUUUCCCCAGUGUCAAGUUGCCAAUACAAUCAGCAGUGGUACAGUUGUACGUCAGAAUGAUAGAAUCUUCUGUAUACAUGCUCAUCCUAGUUUAAUCGACAGUUUAGGCUCACACUGGGAUCUAAGUGCAAAUGCUGGAGCUUCAGAUGAAUCUGUACUUGUUCGAGUAGAAUCACUACCACCACCAGCUACACUACCUAUACAUGCAUCCAAUUCUUCAGAGCACCAACAACAUUGCCAUCCAAAUUCUCAGGGUACUAAUGAAGUUAUUCAAUCAAUUCCUGCCUCUAGUAAUUCAAUCUCAGUGUCAGCAGCAACUACAAUCGAUUCCUCAUCGCAUAUUUCUAGUCAAAAAUCUGAACUAACUAAGUCGAAAAUUGCUUCACGCUCGCUAGAUAGUUGGAAAAGUUCAGUAAAGAAUCGCUCAAAGAAAAUAGGCGGCAACCUAAAGUUGUCAUGAUACACUUAAUUACUUUUCUUCGUACUGUGUAAAUAUUUUCAAAUAGAUGCUGUGUGGUAGAACUGUAAAAUAAAACAUAUUGUCAAACUAGGAAUUUUUUGUGAAUUAUACAUAUUCUCGUUCUG